UUUUUUAGGAGGAAAUCUGGCAACACUCUAAGGCCACACUGCGACCACAGCCAACGGUCGCACUAAUUACACAGAAAAGAGAAAAAGCAAACAAUUUUCCAGUGCCAGAAAAACCAAUUUCCAAGAGCUAGUUCGCAGCGAGGAGCAGCACAGCCACGAUGACCGAUUCCAAGUACUUCACCACGACCAAGAAGGGCGAGAUCUUCGAGCUCAAGUCGGAGCUGAACAAUGACAAGAAGGAGAAGAAGAAGGAGGCGGUGAAGAAGGUGAUUGCCAGCAUGACCGUGGGCAAGGAUGUAAGCGCCUUGUUCCCGGACGUAGUCAACUGCAUGCAGACGGACAAUCUGGAGCUGAAGAAGCUCGUCUACCUGUAUCUAAUGAACUACGCCAAGUCGCAGCCGGAUAUGGCCAUUAUGGCGGUGAACACGUUCGUGAAGGACUGUGAGGACUCGAACCCGCUUAUCCGGGCGCUGGCUGUGCGCACCAUGGGCUGCAUCCGGGUGGACAAGAUCACCGAGUAUCUGUGCGAGCCGCUGCGCAAGUGCCUCAAGGACGAGGAUCCGUACGUGCGCAAGACGGCCGCCGUGUGCGUGGCAAAGUUGUACGACAUAUCGGCCACCAUGGUGGAGGACCAGGGCUUCCUGGACCAGCUGAAGGAUCUGCUCUCCGACUCCAAUCCCAUGGUCGUGGCUAACGCCGUGGCCGCGCUCAGCGAGAUUAACGAGGCCAGCCAGUCGGGACAGCCGCUGGUGGAAAUGAAUUCGGUGACCAUUAACAAGCUGCUGACGGCCCUCAACGAGUGCACCGAGUGGGGCCAGGUCUUCAUUCUCGACUCGCUGGCCAACUACAGUCCGAAGGAUGAGCGCGAGGCGCAGUCCAUUUGCGAGCGGAUCACCCCGCGCCUGGCCCACGCCAACGCCGCUGUGGUGCUCAGCGCCGUUAAGGUGCUGAUGAAGCUACUGGAGAUGCUGUCCAGCGACAGCGACUUCUGCGCCACGCUCACCAAGAAGCUGGCCCCACCGCUGGUCACGCUCCUCUCCUCGGAGCCAGAGGUGCAGUAUGUGGCAUUGCGCAACAUCAACCUGAUCGUCCAGAAGCGUCCCGAUAUUCUCAAGCACGAGAUGAAGGUCUUCUUCGUCAAGUACAACGAUCCCAUCUACGUGAAGCUGGAAAAGCUGGACAUCAUGAUACGGCUGGCCAACCAGGGCAACAUCGCCCAGGUGCUCAGCGAGCUGAAGGAGUAUGCCACCGAGGUGGAUGUGGAUUUCGUGCGGAAGGCUGUGCGUGCCAUCGGCCGCUGUGCUAUCAAGGUUGAGCCAUCGGCGGAGCGGUGUGUUUCAACGCUGCUGGACCUAAUCCAGACCAAGGUGAACUACGUGGUGCAGGAGGCCAUUGUGGUCAUCAAGGACAUUUUCCGCAAAUACCCCAACAAGUACGAGAGCAUCAUCAGCACGCUGUGCGAGAAUCUAGACACCCUGGACGAGCCGGAGGCUCGUGCCUCGAUGGUGUGGAUCAUUGGCGAGUAUGCGGAGCGCAUUGACAACGCCGACGAGCUGCUUGACAGCUUCCUCGAGGGAUUCCAGGAUGAGAAUGCCCAGGUGCAGCUGCAACUGCUGACAGCCGUGGUUAAACUGUUUCUUAAGCGCCCGUCGGACACCCAGGAGCUGGUGCAGCACGUCCUAUCACUGGCCACACAGGACUCAGACAAUCCCGAUCUACGAGACCGCGGUUUCAUCUACUGGCGUCUGCUGUCCACCGACCCGGCAGCCGCCAAGGAGGUGGUGCUGGCCGACAAGCCGCUCAUUUCCGAGGAGACAGACCUGCUGGAGCCGACCCUGCUGGACGAGCUCAUUUGCCACAUCAGCUCGCUGGCCAGCGUGUACCAUAAGCCACCAACGGCGUUCGUCGAGGGUCGUGGGGCUGGAGUGCGCAAGUCCCUGCCUAACCGCGCCGCCGGAUCCGGAGGUGGAGCUGGCGGCGAGCAGGCAGAGAGCGGUGCCGGUUCGGAGGCCAUGGUCAUUCCCAACCAAGAGUCGCUUAUCGGCGAUCUGCUCUCCAUGGACAUCAAUGCGCCCGCCAUGCCCUCCGCUCCGGCUGCCACCAGCAACGUUGAUCUGCUGGGCGGCGGCCUCGACAUUCUGUUGGGCGGGCCCCCGGCCGAGGCAGCUCCGGGUGGUGCCAGCAGCCUGCUGGGCGACAUCUUCGGAUUGGGCGGUGCCUCGUUGUCGGUGGGCGUUCAAAUACCGAAGGUCACAUGGCUGCCGGCAGAGAAGGGCAAGGGCCUCGAGAUCCAGGGCACAUUCUCCCGCCGGAACGGCGAGGUGUUCAUGGACAUGACUCUGACCAACAAGGCCAUGCAGCCGAUGACCAACUUCGCCAUCCAGCUGAACAAGAACAGCUUCGGCUUGGUGCCCUCGUCGCCGCUGCAGGCCGCUCCCCUGCCACCCAAUCAGACCAUCGAGGUGAGCCUGGCCCUGGGCACGAACGGGCCAAUCCAGCGCAUGGAGCCGCUUAACAACCUCCAGGUGGCCGUUAAGAACAACAUCGAUAUAUUCUACUUUGCCUGCCUCGUGCACGGCAACGUGCUGUUCGCCGAGGACGGGCAGCUGGACAAGCGUGUCUUCCUCAACACCUGGAAGGAAAUCCCGGCUGCCAAUGAGCUGCAAUACAGCCUGAGCGGCGUCAUCGGCACCACCGAUGGCAUCGCCUCCAAGAUGACCACCAACAACAUCUUCACCAUUGCCAAGCGUAAUGUCGAGGGCCAGGACAUGCUCUAUCAGUCGCUCAAGUUGACGAACAACAUCUGGGUGCUGCUGGAGCUGAAGCUGCAGCCGGGCAAUCCCGAUGCCACCCUCAGCCUUAAGUCGCGCUCUGUCGAGGUGGCCAACAUCAUUUUCGCCGCCUACGAGGCCAUCAUUCGAUCCCCGUAAGGAGUCUGCCGAGGCCAGAGGAGGAAGUCAGACGAAGGACGAGGAGCACAAAGCAAUCGGAGCGAUCAAUUGUUGCUGAGCGGGGGAUGACCUGGCGCAACAUAAAUUGUAGUUUACGUAUUAUUAUUACUAUUAUUAUUGCAUUGUGUACUGGCGGUUCGCCACUAUUUAUGCCCCCAAAUACCCACAUACACAUACAUAUAUAUUGCAUAUACCAUAAAGUUAUACCAACCGAGUUGAUCGAGAAAACUGUUAAUUGUUAAACGACGGCAUCGGCAACAGCAUGGAUGCUGCGUCCCAUGCACUUGGUAGCGCCUAUUCCGGCGGUGCCCAAUCGCAUUCCAAACUCUGUAACUCUGUAACCCCAUUUAAAUGCACUGCAUCUAUGUAUAUGUACGUGUCCUAGUAAAAUGUAUGACAACACUAAA